UACUUUUUCAUAUUCAUGAACUAAACAAAUAAUUCCUCAUUUCAUUUCCUUGAAAGCUCCACAGUGACACCCAACACUCACUCAUGGCCGGCGCCGGCGGUUCCAAGAAUCCACCAACCACCACCAAAAAACCAUCAUCUUCCUCCGCCACCAAACGCCCAAAACCCCACAACCCAAAAUCCCGGCACCACCCACAACCAUCACAAUCACAACCCCAAACACCCUCAACUCGACGUCAAACCAUCCUCCAAUUAAUCUCCACCGCCGCCGCAUCCACCGCCGCCGCCCACACUUUCUUAACAACCCAUGACCUUAUUCUUCAUCCUUCACAAACCCUUUUGCUAGAAUCCAAUAUUUCUGCUGUAUCUCUAUCAAUUUCAAAUCUUUUAUCACUUAUUCAUCACCCCAUUGCCUUUGCCAUCCCUAAACCCCCACCCCCACCCCCCUGGUUCUCAAGAUUCUCGAAAUCUUUAUCCGAAAACAAAGAUCAUUUCUUUAUUGAAUCUUUCAACAUGUCUAAACAAUCUUUUUCUUACUUGGUGUCUUUACUAACCCCUAGUCUUGAAACCCUUUCAAUGCAGCCUGAUAAAGCGGUUGCAGCGGCAUUGUAUCGCCUUGCUCAUGGGGCGCCUUUUAACGCGGUUGGGAGACGGUUUGAUUUCGAUUCCAGUACUGCUUGUAAGGUAUUUUAUGUUGUUUGUAAAGCUGUUAUUGAUAAUUUGGGUCAUUUGUUUGAGUUAAGAAGUGAUUUGAAUAGAAUUGUUCUUGGUUUUGGUUGGAUUUCGUUACCGAAUUGUUGUGGGGUUUUGGGGAUUGAUAGUUUUCGGGUUAAAGGGAAUUUGUUUGGUGAAAAUGGGUCUGUUUUGGUUCAAGCUUUAGUUGAUAGUGAAGGUAGAUUUUUAGAUGUUUCAGCUGGUUGGCCUAGUACGAUGAAGCCCGAGUUAGUUUUAAGACAAUCGGAAUUGUUUUCGUGUGUUGAGGAAUCUAGGGAGAUUUUGAAUGGUCAAAGCUAUGAAUUUAAUGAUGGGAGUAGUAUUUCACAAUACAUUUUGGGCGAAGCUUGUUUUCCGCUUUUGUCUUGGUUGGUUACGCCUUAUAGGAAAUUGGGUAAUGAUGGUUCUGAGGAUGAACACGAUAACGAUGGAUGUUUGAAUCUUAGUAACUCGAAACAAGCGUUUAAUUCUGUGCAUAAUCGAGGGAUGGAGUUGUUGGAUACUGCGUUUGGGAGGUUACGUGGGAGGUGGAGGAUUUUGUCUAAAGAAUGGAAUGAGGAAUCAAUUGAGUCAUUUCCUUAUGUUGUGGUUACAUGCUGUUUGCUUCAUAAUUUUCUUAUCAAGUCGAAUGAGGAGUUCCCUGAUGAAUAUUCAGAUUAUACGAGGAAACAUGAUCUUCCGGAUUUUGAAGGUGAAGGGGAUGAGAUGGGUGAGAGGAUUAGAAGUGCCAUUGCUGCAGACUUAAGUCGAUGGGAAGAUUGUUGAGUCGUAUCAGAGCAAGGAGGUCAAGUCUUUUGUCCCAGAAACUGUAUUGCUGCAACUUGGACGGAUAUGAAAUGAAAUUUGAUCGUUGAAUCUUAGUGGAAGGCCCCAAAUUUUGUAGAUACCCUAAAAGGGUUUUCAAAUUUGGUAAGAAAAUGCUUGUCAAGUAUGUAGUUCAGGAAUGGAUAUGCUUAGAUAUGAAAUCUUGAAUCGAAGUUGAAAAUAGCGCCUUUUUUUAA